AUGUUCAUGUAUAAUGGAUAUUCAUCAUAUGAUAGUGAAAUACAGCGACAUAGUAUAUGUAAUUCACCUUUAUCAUGUAGUAUACCAUCAGUUGUUGCUGAAAAAAUUGCUAUGCCUUAUUUGUCGCAUAUAUAUGAAUUAAUUAUAAGUAAUCGUCCAUUUUCCGUAACAACAGAUAAAGAUUUUAAAUGGACACUUGAAAUAUUUGCAUUUGGUUUUACAUGUGAAGAAAGUGCAAUAUAUCAAUUAUGUGCAAAUGUUUAUGUUGAAUGGCUCAAAGUAUUUGAAACAACAUCGAUAAAUUCGAAUUCAAUUCCACCAAUUUUACGUGAAAAAACGGAAUUUUAUUGGUCACAAAUGUUCUGGCAUCUCUAUCAUUUAUUUGUUAUACAUGAUGAAAAAACAGCGGAUUUAUUAACAAAACGAAUGUAUACUCAUAAAGUAUUACGACAAUUACAAAUAAUGAUUAGUCAAACUGAAUUAAGUUUUGAUUUAUGGCACAUAUUACUUCAAGUAUUUUUAGCUAUUGGUGAUACUGUAUUAUCUCCAGCAUAUCGAACGAAUGAAGAAUGUACUGCCGUUAUGAGCCAUCGUCUUGUACCAUCAAUAUAUCAAGUAUUUAUGGCAGCUAUUGAUAAAAUACAAAUUCCACCAGGAUUAUGGAGAACAUUUCGUGAUUAUGCUCAAACUUGGCGACAUCGUCCUGCAGUUAUUUAUGAUUGGGCUCAAUUAACAUGUGUUCUUACAUCAACUGUUGUACAUAAAUUAUGGUGGUCAGAUAUAUUACCUUUGCAAUAUGUUUGUACUGAAACUGAUCAAGGUGAAUAUACACAAAAGAUAAUUGAUUCUCUUUCAUUAGAUAAACUCAUUAUAACAUGGAUUCAAUUUUUAACUAUUCUACAAAAUCCAUCUGAUUGUGGUGAUAUUUCGAUUUUUCUUCAAAUGCCAAAAUAUUCUAGUCAAUUACAGAUAAAUUCAAAUUUGAAACUAAAAGAUUUUACAUCAUUACAAGAAUUACCACGUAUAUUUGUUAAUGUUACUAAAGCAAUAGGAAUGUUUGUUGAUAUAUGGUUAGGAAAAGAGAUUGAUCCCACAUGUUUAUAUAGUCCAAAACCUUCAAAUCAUACAAUAGUAAUCACAAGUGAUAAUCUACUAUCAACACCAAAUCAUCAUCAAUCAUCGCGUGCUACUGCUCAAUCUCUUCGUGGUAUACCAUCAUUUGUUCAACAUCAUCAACAAGUUCCAAUUCCUGCAACAUUACGAACUACUCGCUCACAAGUUGACAAUCGAAAAAUCAAUAUGCCUUCUAGUCAAACAUUUUCACCCAUGACUCCACUACUUAUUGCAACAACUCAACCUGAAAAACCUUCUCCUAUAAAAAUGACUCGAAUCAAUCAUCCUACUGUAAAUAGUUUUAUGCAUCUAUAUGGUUCAUGGAUAUUAGACUGUUGUCUAUUACAAAUAAAAGAUCGUCAUUCACGUUCAUCAAUAAAUGAUACUUCGCGAGCCAAUGAAACUGAGAAGAACAUUGACAUUCAAAAUGAACGUUUAAUGGAUGAAGCAUUUGCUAAAUCAUUUGCAACUAUUUGUACAAUAUUUAGUAGUUCACAAUGUGAUGAAUUUAUUUAUCCUGAAUAUUUAAGUCGAUUUUAUUAUGUUUUACAACAAGGACUUCGAUUUUAUCACGGAGAUGAACAACGUUCACAAGCAAUUAUUGAAUCUAUAUUAUUAAACAGUGGUGAUCUAUUUCGAAUUAAUCUACGUGGUAUUAAUAUUCUUAUUUCACUUUAUUUGGAUGCUAUUGAAUAUUAUCUUCAAACUGAUAUACAAUCUUAUAUAAAUUAUAAUUUGAGUAUAUCAAAAGGAACAAAUAAUAAUAAUACGUCAUCAAUUCGUGAUCGUUUUAUACGUAUUCGUUCGAAAGCUAUUCAUAUACUUAUGUCAAUUGUUAGUUUACCAUUUCAUUAUGAACAUCUUCAACAACAUUUAUUUGAAGAUCAUCUUGAAAAAUCUCAUGAUGUACAAACAACAACAAUUAAAACAUUUUUAGAUUAUCGAUUAAGAAUAUUUCCAUUAUUACUUUCUGCUUUACAAACAGAACAAGAUAUUACUAAUACACAAUUACUUUUCGGUACGAUUCGAUUAGCAUGUUCAUUAGCUGCUCAUCAUGAACGACAGCAAGAACAAACUGAUGAAAAUGUUAAGAAAGAUUUUACUCCUGGAUAUUUAAGUCAUGCCGUAAUUCUCAUCUGUGAUAAAGGUACCAAUGAUUCUCACUUAUUCUUAGCUGCACUCGAUACAUUGAUUUCAAUUGUAACAGAUCCUAUUUGUCAAUUACCGAUUGAUAUAUGGAAAAAUGUUCUUAAACGUUUAUGUACAUUUGUUGAUGCACAAUUACAUCGAAGUCCAAAAGAUCAUACACGUGAAAUGCAUUCAACAUGUGUUGCAACAUAUAAUACAUUGAUAACAUUAAUUAUUGAACGACCAACAUUACUUGAUGAUUACGAAAAUUUAUAUAAAUUAUGUGAAAUUAUUGAAUUAGGUAUAUCAGGUGAAAAAGCACAGACACCGGAUGGACUUGUUUCGAAAAAAGAUAAAGAAUUUCAUCCAGCAUCACAACGUGUUGCAGAAGCUGCAGAAUAUUUAAUGUUCGUUCUUUUCGAACACAAAGCUGUAUUACAUUUAAAAAAUGAUAUAUGUCGAAAUUGGUUAGAUGAAUCGACAUUUGCGAAUACGACAUUUAAAUAUUUUGCAAUUAAUGGAAAUACUUUAUUUGCUAUGAAUGAAUUACCAUAUAAUGCUAAUGAUGGAAUGCCAACAAUAAUUCUUCUCUGUCGUGGAUUAUUUGGUAAAAAUGUAUGGACAUUAAAUUUUCGUCAUAAUCCGUUAUCGAAUUCAACUGUACAAUAUAAUAAAGUGUUAAAUGAACGAAUUGAACAUGAAAAUGGUAAAAGUUCUUCAUCGCCUAUUAAUCAUUCAACUGCGGAUCAAAAAGAUAAAUCUCUAAUUACACAUGGAACAAAAAAUGAACGAACUAAAAGUGAAUUAAGUAUUCCAACAUUAAAUUCAAUUCUUAAACGAGAUGAAGAAAAAUUAAAUUUAUUUCGAGCAUUAAAAGGGAAACAAAUAAAUAUUGAAGAACAAGCUAUACAACGUGCUCAUAUUUUCGAUGAAAAACCAUUACCAGAAUGCAAACCACCUGAAUGUCAAAAACAUUUUGAAAGUAUUCGUUUAUUUUUGUCACAUUAUGGAUUUGGUUCAUUGGAUUCUAUGUAUCAUCUUAUGAAUGGAAAACAUUGGAACGAUACUAAAUUAUUUGAUCGUCUUCAACCACGAAUUCAAUUAUUAAAUUCUGAUUCAGAUACAUUUAUGGAUGAUAUUAAAAAACUUGAUAAAAUUUCACCAACACUUUAUUGUACAGGACAAAUUUAUUAUUUAAAAAAACAUCAAACAACACUUUUAGAUUCAUUUUCAAAUACGAAAACACCAGAAGAAUUAAAUCCAGCAUUUUUAACAAUGAUCUCACAAUUCGGAACAGUUGUAGAAGUUAUACGUCAUUGUGGUUGGACAGGAAAUAUAGAAACAAGUUGGAAAACAAUUGCUAAUUCUCAAACAAAUACAAAUUCAAGUUCAAAAACAUUAGCUGAAAUUGACGGAGAAGACAGUAUUUUUUAUUGGGUAGAUUUAACAACUGAAAUGGCUUUUUAUUUACCUCAUCAAUUUUCUGUUGAUAAUCAAGGUUCAGAAAUGCGAAUCUUAAUUGUUUGGUUGGAAGAAUUUCGUGAAGAUCUAGAUUCAAUUCUACCAGCUCAAGAACAAUCAUCAAAACUUCGAGAUAUUUCUAUAAUUGGUAUUCAUCCAUUAAAAAAUCAUCUAUUUCGUAUUUUUCUCAAUUCAAAUGCUCAACGAAUGCAAUCAGCAUGUGCAAGUAUUCCAUUGAUUGAUGGAAUGGUUAUUCCACUUCAUAUAUUAUCCUUUUUUCUUCGACAAGCUGUACAUAAUUUAUGUCGUCGAAAACGUUUAGAAGAUAGUCAAAGUUCUCAAACGGCUUAUUCAGUACGAAAAACUCGAAUAACAAAAAUAAUCGAAAAAUAUCAAAAUCAAACAAAUAAUCUUGAUGAAUUUUUUCAAAAUCUUUUCUUUUUAUCAACAACAACGGAACAAGAAUCGAAUGCUCAAUCAACUACAAAUCGUAAUCCAAUGGUCGUUGUGCAAUCGUAA